GCGCGCGUGGGCGAGACGCGCGGGACCGGUCGCUGCGUCGGUGACGCCCCCGCCCCGUCUCCUCACAGCGCUCGCCAGCUGUGUUCUUUAACUGUAUUUUGGAUGAGGUUUUCUUUCUCUUCAUUGCCAGCUACAGAAAUCAAUGAGUUUUUAAGUGCUAAGGUUCUGUCUGCCAUCAGAUGUCCUUCUGCCUGGCUGAGAUGCACCUAUGGUCUUUGAAGAAUACUUUACAUAUUAGAGAUGAAGAUAUUGGGAUCCACCAGUACUAUGACAAGAAAGAACCAGUAUCGCAGCUGAAGCAUGGUUACUUAGAAAAGAAGCAAAAGCUAGCAGAAUCUCGAGAUUAUCCUUGGAUACUUAAAAACAAACGACCAGAAAAACUGCGAGAUACUCUCAAGGAGAUAGAGGACUUAAUGCAAAACAGUCAAUGUGUGCUGAGCAAAUGGAAGAGCAAACAUAUCUGUCAGCUCCUCUUUCAUUCAGGUGUAUUGGUGUCCCUAAGCCUUUCUGGGCCACAGCUGGAGAAAGCGGUGAUUGACAGGACCCUGGUGGGGAAGCUCAUCUCCGACACCAUCAGUGAUGCUGUUCUUACGGAUAGUUUCAUCGUCUUGUCAUUUGGGGACCAUAACCAACUCUGCUUUAUUCAAUUUACAAAGAAGAUGGGUUCUCUUGAUGUAAGCAAAAGACUGGAAAAACUCUCUUGUUUGGAUUUUAAGAUUUCCUAUAUCGAUAUACCUGGACCAGAAGGUAGAAGGAUGAAACGUCACCUGGCAAUAAAUUAUAUGCAAGAUAUGGUUAUUUGCUGGUGGUCAGCAACUAAUGAUGGAGCAUGGCCUUGGUCUCCUAUUUCCUGUGAGAGGGACAGAGCCAACUUAUUGCUUUUAGGCUGUGCACAUGGCAAACUGGAGGUUUUGAGUUUUGUCCGCACAGAAUGGGAUCCACUUGAUGCCAGCUUUAGCACUAAUCAGCCUUAUCAGGUUCACACAGUAGAGCACUCCAUCUCUGCAGACAAAGAGCCCAUGGCUGACAGCUGUGUCUACGAGUGUGUUAGGAACAAAAUUCAGCGUGUGGCGGUCACCAGAAUACCACUACAAGCAAAGGCCAUCAGCUGCUGCAGAAACAUUACAGAAGACAAACUGGUCCUGGGUUGUGAAGAUUCGUCAAUAAUUCUGUAUGAAGCUUACAACAAAGUGACUCUGUUAGCCCAAGCAGAACUACUGCCUGCUUUAAUGAGCUACCACCCUUGUGGAGCAAUAUUCCUGGUUGGCAGCUCUCAAGGGGAGCUGCAAAUUUUUGACACAGCACUGUCCCCAAUUAAAAUGCAGCUUUUGGCAGAAGAUUACUCACCUGAGACAACUUUGCAAUUCAGUAAACACUUUGACGUGUCUAGCAGCCUCAUCCAGAUGCAGUGGGCUGCUCUUCAAGUUGCAUCUCCCAUCACUGAUGGCACAGAUAUUCACGAUCUUUUGUUGAUUAGAUUUGACAAGGGACCCUUAGGAGUACUUCGCUUUAAACUUGGUGUGAUCACAAGAGGACAGCUGGGCCUUGUGGAAAUCAUACACCAGUACAUUCGUUACAAUGAGAUACAUGAAGCAAUUAGUGUCCUGAACACCAUGAACUGGAACACGAUGGGGCAGCAGUGUUACAUAAGCUUGACCGCCAUUGUAAAUCACCUUCUUAAACAAAAGCUUACACCAGAGAGAGAAGCACAGCUUGAGGCAAGCCUGGGAACCUUUUAUGCUCCUACAAGACCCCUUUUGGAUUCAACUGUGUUGGAGUACAGGGACCCAAUCAGCAGAUACGCAAGAAGGUUCUUCCACCACCUGCUCAGGUAUCAGAGAUUUGAAAAAGCAUUUCUGCUAGCUGUUGACAUAGGUGCUCGGGACCUGUUUAUGGACAUUCAUUACGUUGCACUAGAUAAGGGUGAAUUGGCACUAGCUGAAGUGGCAAAGAAAAAGGCUAAUGACAUUGAUGCAGAAUCAAUAACUACUGGAAUUGGGGAUUCUCCAAGGAAACAAGGUCAGUCUCUGACGUGA